UUGAGUAAACAGCACAUUUUCUAUUACCAUUAAUAACCGAGAGAACAUGUGUAGACACCGAAAUUUGGGUACCCGGAGUAUUUUGUACCUUUAUCUUUAUUUCAAUGAACUUGUCGGCGCAAGAAUAUCUAACUUAAUCUAGGGCCAAACCGAAAGGAAAUCGAUACUCGACAAAGGGCCGGAAUAAUAGCCGGCGUUUUAGCGUUGUUUUUAUUAUUUUUCGAAAAUGAGUCAAAUUGAGUCAGUCCAAGAGAGCUUGACUCCAGUGAUCAAUGAAGAUAAGAAAAGCAUUCAAGAGGAAGAACGUGAAAAGAUUCUAAAUGUCGAAAACGAACAGAAAAACACUAAAGAAAUGAUGGAAGAAAAGAAGCUCAAAGAAGGAAUGGAGGUAAAACCUAAAAAAAUCCCAAUUGGAGGAAUUCAAAUGCCUGGAUUUUUCACCAGGAGCAAGUCAAAAGAACAGUGCAAGGAAGAUGAUCAAAUUGAAGGAACUGAGCUGAUUGAACAAGACAACGAGAAGAAGGAAGAAUCGGCUCCAGUUUAGACCAGAAUUAAAUUGCCCAAUCUAUUUAAGAAAAAUAGGGAAACUGCAGAAGGUUUGUAGAGGCAUGUUAAAGCUGGGACCAAUAAAGCGUAACGAACUAUUACGCCUAAUCGGUAACAUUUU